UUGGUGCUCACCGUGAACGCUUCCUUCAGGCUGAGAGUUGAUUAAACUGAUUCUGAACAGCUGUUCUGGAGCCGAAAGUGUCCUCAGGUGAGUGUCCCAGCUCAGGCCAACUCUGAGAUCGGGAUCAGGCUCAGAGUUUGUUGAGCCUGCCUCCUGAAGACUCGCAUCCAGCUGCUGCACAGUGCGACACUGAUUCAUUCCCUCACCAUACGUCAUACGUUCUGGUUUCUAGGAAACCAUUCAUCUCUAGAAAUAAUGUACCUGUAUAUCCUCGGACUGGUGGCCUCCUGGCUCAUCUAUCGCUGGUAUAAGGAACGUGAAAGAGUGCCCAACAAGGAAGAUAAAUAUGUCUACAUCACUGGCUGUGACUCUGGGUUUGGUAAUCUCCUGGCGAGACACCUGGACAAGCUGGGCUACAAUGUGAUUGCAGGUUGUUACACUGAGAAGGGUGAGGAUGAGCUGAAGAAGAUCACCUCCAACAGACUGACAACCAUUCAUCUGGAUGUCAGCGACUCCGAGAGUGUCGGCAAAGCUGCCGCUUUCAUCAGGACUCUGGUUGGACAGAAGGGUCUGUGGGCCGUGGUAAACAAUGCUGGAGUUGCUCAUCCGUCUGGCCCCACUGACUGGCUCAUUGUAGACGACUACAAGGCCAUGCUUGCUGUCAAUCUGUUCGGUGUAAUCGAUGUAACACUGAGCGUCCUCCCUCUCAUCAAGAAGGCCAGAGGCAGAGUGGUCAAUGUCGCCAGCGUGUUUGGGCGAGUCACCCCGUUCGGUGGACCUUACUGUGUGUCCAAGUAUGGCGUGGAGUCCUUUAACGACAGCUUGCGUUUGAACAUGGCACCAUUUGGAAUCAAGGUUUCAGGCAUUGAGCCAGGCCUCUUCAAAACAAAUGUGACUGAUGGAGCAGCGAUGCAAAGUAACCUGCAGAAGCUGUGGGACAGAUUACCUCAGGAUGUGAAGGACGACUAUGGACAAGAUUUCUUGGGAAAAUCUCUUGGAAUAUUGGUUCAGAGGUUUAGGAUGCUGACUGACAGCGACCUGAUGAAGGUGGUAAGCUGCAUGGAGCACGCCAUCUCUGCCGUUCAUCCUCGUACUCGCUACCUACCUGGAUGGGAUGCAAAGUUCUUCUGGUUGCCUUUGUCGUACAUGCCGACCUGCAUCACAGAUAGCCUUUUCCGUAAAAUGAUCCCAGGAGUAACACCUUGAGUGUCUUCACUUUAGUGUGUGUCAAAAUAGAUCAGUUGUUUUGAAAAGAAUUUGGGCUAACCUUAAGAUCACUGAUGUGUCUUAUUAUUUUUCAUGCAAUACGUUUUUGCGUAUGAAGGAUUACACCAUUUAUAGCAUCAUAUAAACAUUUUCUAUAUUAUAAAACAUGUUUGGCACUUCAUUAUGUCUUAAGCUAUGUCAAAUUUGGCUUUGAGUUAUUCAAAUGAAGCAAAUAUAUUGUCUGCGUCUAUUUCACCAUAAUCGAGAGGUAUUAUCCUAAAUAGAGGGUGGAAAUUGGAGGUUUACUGCUAUUGGAGCAUAGAUGGUGCCCCCCUGCCAGUCAAAAUGCUUUCGCAACUGAGCCAACAUACGCAAAGACUGUUGGACUGUAGGAUGUGAAGAACUAUUAUGUAGGGCCAUAGGCAUCUCUGAAUAAAAUAAAGCAGACAAGGAUGUCAGCCUACAAGAGGAAGCCUCAUGCAUACCCAAACUAGAAAACUGUCAGGGGUACUUGCCUCAAUCUAGUAUGUCAGUGCUCUCAAGUUACCUGCUCAGUAAUAAUACUGACAAUUUUGAAGGGCCAUUCUCUCCAUUGAUAUAGGUUUCUGUAAGAAUGCUCAUUGUAGGCCUACACGAGGAGUUUUUUUUAUUCCAGCUCAAUUCAGAUAUCAUUCUGUUUGAGUUUUUUAAAGAAGGAUUUUUGUAAAAGUAUCAGGAUUCAAUGAAGUAGGUACAGAAAUUUGGUGAGAAUAUUCAUUUUAAUUAUAUUUAUCCUUCCUGUCAGAAAGAGUGGUAGGACUAACCAUUUGUUAAAGGCCACUCUAGUCUAAUCUACAAGGGGGCUCAGACAAUUUUUGGGUUAUCGCUAUACCUAAAUAAGAAAGCUAUCCAUAGUCACUAUAAAUGGGUAUGAGUAGAAAGAUAUCUGUUGUGCAUCUUAAUUAACAGAAAAUAUUUCACCUUUUAAGAGAUUAAUCUUACAUUGAGAGAGCUUACCAAAAUGAUCUAAGAUUGACAUGACUACAGGAAGAGUUCUGUGAGGAUCUGUACCAUAAAGAAGUAAAUCGUCUUCGUACAAAGAUGCUGUGUCCCUUCCCUUGAAAUACCACAGAUAUCUGGUGACGAGCAUAAAUAGAUAGCUUGAGGUUCUAUAGCUAAGGCAAAUAAAAGCAGAGAAAUUGGCCAUCCCUGCUGUGUUCCUCAUUGGAAAGGAAAGUAUUAGGAGUUAAAGCCAUUGGUGCAUACUGAAGCUUCAUGAUGUCUUUGACUCCAGAUGUUAUCAUCCCUACAUUAUUGAUUAUAAUAUCAAUUAUUUUUGCUUCUUAAGUCAAAGGAUGAUCUUAAACACGUCAUCACAAUUCAUUAAACUUGUAAAGAUUUUGUUCUUGAUGGA